AGAUGGAACAAGAAAUUGAGAAGUUGGUGGCUGGAGCGUUUCUCUCCUCUUUCCUUCAAGUGGCAUUUGAGAGAUUGGCUUCUCGUGACUUUCUCGACUACUUUCGAGCCAGAAAGAUCAAUGAUGAUUUACGGAGAAAAUUGCUUGUUAUCCUUAUUUCUGUGGACAAAAUUGUUGAAGAUGCAGAGGAAAGGCAAUACAGAGACCAUCGUGUGAAGCAGUGGCUUGACGAGCUCAAAGAUGAAGUCUUUAAGGCUCAAGACUUGCUGGACGACAUUGCUAGCGAGGCAUCACGACAAAAGCUGGAUGCUGAAUUUCAAACUGUUGUUAUCAACAAGGUGCGAGGCUUUUUUCCUGCUUUUGUUAAUCAAAUUCGAUUUGACAAAAAGAUAAAGUCAGGGAUCAAACAAGUGCUUAAUAACCUAGAUAUCCUUAUGAAGCAAAAUGAGAUAUUGGGAUUACGGGAACGGCCAUCUGCUGGUGAUCAUUCAGGAGGGAACAAAAAAGUAUACAAGAGAUUGCUUACAACACGUUUGAUAGAUGAAUCCAAUAUAUAUGGUAGAGAUGCUGAUAAAGAGAGGAUUGUAGAGAUUUUACUAUCACAAAACAGGGGAUGUAGGAAUCAAUUGCCUAUGGAUGUGAUUGCCGUCACGGGUAUGGGUGGGAUGGGUAAGACAACCCUUGCACAACUUGUUUACAAAGAUCAAAGGAUGAAGGAUCAAUUUCAACAUAGAGCUUGGGUGUGUGUUUCUCAAGAAUUUGAUGUUAUUCAAGUGACAAAAGCAAUUCUUCAUUCACUUAAUUGUCCAACUGGAGAAUUACAUGAUUUUCACUCAUACCAGCUUAAACUAAAAGAGAUGUUAAUGGGCAAGAAAUUCUUUCUCGUUCUUGAUGAUGUCUGGAAUGAGAAUUGUCAAAUUUGGGAGGUCUUCACUGCUCCUUUGAAAAAUGUAGUACCACAAAGUAAGAUUCUUGUCACAACCCGUAAUGGAAGGGUAGCAGAAGUGAUGUGUUGUGCCUCCACAUAUCAUUUGAAGCCAUUAGAAGAUAGAGAUUGCUGGGAUUUAUUUGCAAAACAUGCAUUUAACAACCAACAUUAUGGCGCAGAUCAAGAUCUUAUACAAAUCGGCAGAGAAAUUGUCAACAAGUGUGGAGGAUUGCCUUUAGCAAUAAAAACACUGGGAAGUUUGUUGCACAGAAAACUCUCUCUUCAGUAUUGGGAUAAGAUUUUGAAAAGUGAGAUUUGGCAAUUACCAGAAAGUGACAGCAACACUAUCCCAUCUUUAAGAUUAAGCUACCACUAUUUACCAUCAAAUCUGAAACGUUGUUUUGCAUAUUGCUCCAUCUUUCCUAAAGAUUAUGAUAUAGACAAGAAUGUCUUAAUCCAAUUGUGGAUGGCAGAUGGUUUAAUAUAUCCAACUCAAAGAAAUAUGAGCCUUGAAGAAAUGGGUGAUGAAAUUUUCAAAGAUCUAGAGUCUAGGUCUUUCUUUGAGCCAUCAAAAAGAGGUGGCAAUUAUUUCAUCAUGCAUGAUCUUCUGAAUGAUUUAGCAAAAUCUAUGGCAGGAGAGUUUUUUGUGUGGCUCGAUACUGCUCAGGCACAAGAUAUGUCAACCAAGACUCGUUACUUUUCACAUAUAAGAUGCAAAAGUGAUAAUGUUGACAUUUUUGGGAAAGUUCUAAAAUGCCACCAAUUACGUAGUUUCAUCCUAUUGGGCAGUCUUAGCAUUGGCAAUGAUAUAAUGUCCAGGCUUUGUCGUCUCAAGUACAUGCGGCAACUAUCUUUGAAUGGAUCUCUAAAUUUGAGAAGCUUGACAGAUGGCAUUAGCAAUUUAAAGCACUUGCAUUAUUUGGAUCUUUCCUACACAUUAGUUGAGAAAUUGCCAAAUUCAAUGUGUUCGUUGAUUAAUUUACAAACAUUGAAAUUAAGAGGUUGCAGGUACUUGACUGAGCUGCCAUCAAAUUUCUACAAACUCACUAACUUGCGUCAUCUUGACUUGGAAUAUUGUGACAUACAGAAGAUGCCAAGAUGUAUGGGAAAGUUAAAUCAGCUCCGAAUAAUGAAUAAGUUUGUUGUGGCAAAGAAAGGAGGAUCAAAUAUAAAAGAACUAGGAGCCUUUAACCACUUAACGGGCUCACUAACCAUCUCAAAUAUGGAGCAUGUAAGUAAUCCUACAGAUGUGAGGGAGGCCAAUUUGAAAGAAAAGAAAUUGGAUAAAUUGACGUUGUGGUAUCGGGGAAACAGCUGUAGUCGUGAAGAGCCGCAAAGCCAGGAGCACGUAUUGGAAGCAGUUGAGCCAAAUCAGAGUGUGGAAGAGCUCACCAUUGAGGGAUACAGAGGUACCAAAUUUCCAAAGUGGCUUCUUGGUGUUGCACAUGUUUUACCCAAUUUAGUGUCUUUACAUUUGGGUGGUAACAACGAUGUGAGCUUAUUACCACCUCUUGGGCAACUACCUUCCCUCCAGAAACUCACGAUUAAUGGAUUUGAUGGAAUAAAGGCGAUAGGUGAAGAGUUCUAUGGGAAUGGUUCCUUAAUUGCUCCACCAUUUCCUUCCCUCUCAUAUUUAAAGUUUUCUUAUAUGAGAGAAUGGGAAGAAUGGGAUAUAUGCUAUGAAGGUAAAAGUUUCCCAUGCCUUGAAGAACUUUAUAUACAUGAUUGUCCUAGACUAACAAAGUCUCUGCCUCAACAUCUUACUUGUUUAAAAACACUAGACAUUUUGAGAUGUGAGAAUUUGGCAGCCACGCUUCCCAAGUCCUCUUCCAUAGAAAGGCUAUCUUUAAGUAAUUGUACGAAGAUAUCAGUGAAAGACAUGCCCACAUGGAGCAUAUCAGAUGUGCUUCCACCUCUCCAUGACCUAUGCUUAUGGGAUUGUCCAGCAAUGGAAUCUCUUCCCCAAGGAGGAAGAGAGAUUGUUGCCACCCAAUCUCCACUCUCUGUCUUUUGA